AUGGACUUGGUGAACUGGAGGAUAGGAGCAAAUCUUAAAUUCUGUAUUUUUGUAGAGAUAAGUUUUUCUGUAUGUACUAAAAAUACAUGUAUUUCCAAAUUGUCAACAGAACUGUGUUUGAAGAAUUUAAAUGAUUUAUCAUCUUUUGAUUUGAUCAGGAUGGAUGAAGCCAAUAAUUUCAAACCAACAGAGACCGGAAGAUUAAUGGCAUGGUAUUAUAUUGCAUUUGAUACAGUGAAACAAUUUUUCACAAUUAAGGGAACAGAGACUUUAAAUGAAUUGAUUACAAUGAUCUCCAACUGCACAGAAUUUCUGGAUGUCAAGUUAAGAACAAAUGAAAAGAAAAUACUGAACACUUUGAAUAAAGACAAGGACAAAAUAACUAUCAGGUUUCCAAUGGAGGGGAAGAUAAAAACAAGAGAAAUGAAAAUAAACUGUCUUAUUCAGGCUCAGCUAGGAUGCAUUCCUAUUCAAGACUUUACUUUGACACAAGAUACUGGCAGAAUAUUUAGAAAUGGCUUAAGAGUUACUAGAUGGUUAUCUGACUUUCUGGCAUCAUGUAAGAACAACUUUUCUGCCUUAUUAAACUCUUUGAUUUUAGCAAAGUGUUUCAGGUGCAAACUUUGGGAAAAUUCUCGUCACGUGUCUAAACAAUUGGAAAAAAUUGGUGUAUCACUGUCAAAUGCUAUGGUAAAUGCUGGGCUGACAUCAUUUAAAAAAAUAGAAGAGACAAAUGCAAGGGAACUUGAAUUGAUUUUAAACAGACAUCCUCCUUUUGGAAACCAGAUAAAAGAAUCUGUUUUGCACCUUCCAAAAUACGAACUUGACAUUGAACAGCUUCCAAAAUACAGUGAUACAUUGGCUGAAAUCUUAGUAACCAUCAAAUUAAAAAACUAUGAGCAGCUACAGACAAAGAGAACAGCAACAGACUUUCACUAUGUUACCUUGGUCAUAGGAGAUGCUGACAACCAAGUCAUUUUUAAUCAGAAAAUUACGGAUUCUGUGCUGCUGAAAACCGGAAAUUGGACAAAGAAAAUUGAAGUGAAAAGAGCUCUCAAAUCAGAGGACAUUAGUAUAAAUUUAAUCAGUUCUGACUACGUUGGCCUUGAUAUACAGCAAGCAUAUACAGCCUUUUACUUAACACCGAAAGCAGGGGGAAGUAAAGUGGUUACAAACCAAAAACUGCAAGCUGAGUCUUCACUUGAUAUUUAUUAUGGCUCACCACAAAGUCUGCCAGCAGCCAAAGUAGAUACAGGAGGCAGAUCUAAACAGGAGAUUGCCUACAAGAAAUAUGGAAACAGAGAAUGCAACCAUCGCUGUAAAAAUAAAGAUGUGUGUGGACACGACUGCUGUAAAACUGGAGUACCUCCAAAGUCUGAGAUGAAUGGAGAUUCAAAGUUUUCUUUGUACCUCGCUGAUUUAAGGAACAGGAACUCAAUUUCAUCUGUACCUCCAGUAAAGCGGCUAAAGAUGCAGAUGUUAAAUCAAGCUCAAAGUGUGGAUCUCAAACAAUUUGUUUUUACACCUAAAUCUUUGUUGCCAGCAUUGCCAAGGUCUAGCAAUAAUCAGUCGUCUUCACCUUCAGUGUACCAGUCAGAUAAUGUUAAUAGCUUAGGAGGAUCUCAGGACCAACUGCAAUCCUGCAGUUAUGGGAAGAGUAAUAAAAGCAGAUCUUGUUUUUCAGAUGCUUUGGAUAUGGACUUUGAACUGAGAGAUGAUGUUUGGGAUGAUAUUGAUGAUGAGAAACUUUUACUUGCUAGCAACUUUGCCAGUAGAGAAUUAGAACAUGGAAAUACCUGCCUUCAAAUUCCAGACGAGUGUGAACCACUUUACCAGUAUACAAGAAGCAAAGGCACAAAUGGCAUUUCAAAAGAUUCAUGCACAUUACAAGAUCUGACCAAUAUUCAGAACUCAGUUGUUUCUGUGGUUAAUAGCACAUCAAAAGCAAAUUUGUCUGUGCAGAGUGGAAAUACAAAUAUGUUCAGUUUUCAAGAAAAAAAGCAUUCAAAUUCAUCACAAGAGCUGAAGAACAUAGAGUGUUCUUCGAUCCCCCAAAUAAUCCCAGACUCUUCUAAAUUCACUAGGAAAGAGGAUUUUUUUAUUUUCACAAAAGAACAGGAGAACGAAGCAGAUCCCAGAUACCUUCUUGAUGAUGAAAUCAAUGAUGUCAAGCUCUUUCUUGGAAUAUUUGAUGGCAUUUUGUAA